AUGGCCGCGCAGGGCGAGCCGGGCUACCCGGCGGCGGCGCACUCGGACCCGGGCUCCAACAGCGAGCGCAGCGCCGACUCGCCCGUGCCGGGUUCCGAGGACGACCUGGGGGCCGGCGCGCCCCUGCACAGCCCCGAGUGGAGCGAGGAGCGCUUCCGCGUGGACAGGAAGAAACUUGAGGCCAUGCUACAAGCUGCAGCCGAGGGAAAAGGCAGGAGCGGGGAAGACUUCUUUCAGAAGAUCAUGGAAGAAACAAACACGCAGAUUGCCUGGCCAUCCAAACUGAAGAUUGGAGCCAAAUCUAAGAAAGAUCCCCACAUUAAGGUUUCUGGAAAGAAAGAGGAUGUCAAGGAAGCCAAGGAAAUGAUCAUGUCUGUCUUGGACACGAAAAGCAAUCGGGUCACAUUGAAGAUGGAUGUUUCCCAUACUGAACAUUCACAUGUUAUUGGCAAAGGUGGCAACAAUAUCAAAAAGGUGAUGGAGGAAACAGGGUGCCACAUCCACUUUCCAGAUUCCAACAGGAAUAACCAAGCAGAGAAGAGCAACCAGGUAUCGAUAGCAGGACAACCAGCAGGAGUGGAAUCUGCCCGAGUUAGGAUCCGGGAGCUCCUUCCCUUGGUGCUGAUGUUCGAGUUACCAAUUGCUGGAAUCCUCCAACCAGUUCCCGAUCCUAACUCCCCCUCCAUUCAGCACAUCUCUCAGACAUACAACAUCUCCGUAUCGUUUAAGCAGCGGUCUCGAAUGUACGGAGCUACUGUCAUAGUGCGAGGGUCUCAGAAUAACACCAGCGCUGUGAAGGAGGGGACUGCCAUGCUGUUAGAACACCUUGCGGGGAGUCUAGCCUCAGCUAUUCCUGUGAGCACGCAACUAGACAUCGCAGCUCAGCACCACCUCUUUAUGAUGGGCCGGAAUGGGAGCAACAUCAAGCAUAUCAUGCAGAGGACAGGUGCUCAGAUCCACUUCCCCGACCCCAGCAACCCCCAGAAGAAAUCUACCGUCUACCUCCAGGGCACCAUUGAGUGUGUCUGUCUCGCCAGGCAAUAUCUCAUGGGCUGUCUCCCCCUUGUGCUGAUGUUUGAUAUGAAGGAAGAAAUUGAAGUCGAUCCACAGUUCAUCGCUCAGUUGAUGGAACAGCUCGAUGUCUUCGUCAGUAUCAAACCAAAGCCAAAACAACCAAGCAAGUCUGUGAUUGUGAAAAGUGUUGAGCGAAAUGCCUUAAAUAUGUAUGAAGCAAGGAAAUGUCUCCUCGGACUUGAAAGCAGUGGGGUUACCAUAGCAACCAGUCCAUCCCCAGCAUCGUGCCCUGCCGGCCUGGCAUGUCCCAGCCUGGAUAUCUUAGCUUCAGCAGGCCUCGGACUCACUGGACUAGGUCUGUUGGGGCCCACCACCUUAUCACUAAACACUACCACCACCCCAAACUCACUCCUGAACGCUCUUAAUAACUCAGUCAGCCCUUUGCAAAGCCCAAGUUCUGGCACCCCCAGCCCCACAUUGUGGGCAUCCCCACUUACCAACACUUCCACCACCGCAGGUUUUUCUGCUAUACCACACCUUGUAAUUCCAUCAACCACCCAGGCCACGCUGACCAAUAUUUUGUUGUCUGGAGUGCCCACCUAUGGGCACACAGCCCCAUCUCCCCCUCCCGGCUUGACUGCUGUUGAUGUCCAUCUCAACAGUAUGCAGACAGAAGGCAAAAAAAUCUCUGUUUCUCUAAAUGGACAUGCUCAGUCCCCAAACAUAAAGUAUGGUGCAAUAUCCACCACAUCGCUGGGAGAAAAGGUGCUGAGUACGAGUCAUGGUGAUCCAUCCAUGCAGACGGCUGGGUCUGAGCAGGCUUCUCCCAAAACCAACCCUGCAGAAGGUUGCAAUGAUGCUUUUGUUGAGGUGGGCAUGCCUCGUAGUCCCUCACAUUCGGGGAAUGCUGGAGAUUUAAAGCAGAUGAUGGGCUCUGCCAAGGUCCCCUGCAGCAAGAGGCAGACAGUAGAACUACUGCAAGGCACAAAAAACUCACACUUGCACAGUACUGACAGGCUGCUCUCAGACCCUGAGCUGAGUACCACAGAAAGCCCUGUAGCUGACAAGAAGGCUCCAGGAAGUGAGCGUGCCGCGGAGAGGGCAGCAGCUGCCCAGCAAAGCUCAGAGAGGGCCCGACUGGCCCCACAGCCACCAUAUGUCCACAUGCAGGCAUUUGACUAUGAACAGAAGAAACUAUUAGCAACUAAAGCGAUGUUAAAGAAGCCAGUGGUAACGGAGGUCAGAACGCCCACUAACACCUGGAGUGGCCUGGGCUUCUCGAAAUCCAUGCCUGCAGAGACCAUCAAGGAGCUGAGGAGGGCCAACCACGUGUCCUACAAGCCCACAAUGACAACCACUUAUGAGGGCUCCCCAGUGUCCCUGUCACGAUCCAGCAGUCGUGAGCGCUUGGGGAGUGGAAGCGAGUCAGACAACUGGAGAGACCGGAACGGCAUGGGACCCGUGAGUCACAGUGGAUUUACGGCACCUGUCGGCAGCCCCAAGCGGAAGCAAAAUAAAUCAACCGAACACUAUCUCAGCAGUAGCAACUACAUGGACUGCAUCUCCUCGCUGACAGGCAGCAAUGGCUGUAACCUUAACAGCUGUUUCAAAGGCUCUGACCUCCCUGAGCUGUUCAGCAAACUGGGCCUGGGCAAAUACACAGAUGUCUUCCAGCAACAAGAGAUCGAUCUUCAGACGUUCCUCACACUCACGGAUCAGGAUCUAAAGGAGCUGGGAAUCACUACUUUUGGUGCCAGGAGGAAAAUGCUGCUUGCUAUCUCAGAGCUAAAUAAAAACCGAAGAAAGCUCUUUGAACCGCCAAAUGCACGCACCUCUUUCCUGGAAGGUGGAGCAAGUGGGAGGCUUCCCCGCCAGUAUCACUCCGACAUGGCCAGUGCCAAUGGCUGCUGGUAGCAGUACCGUCUAGAAGCACACCUGCUCUCUGCAGCGCUGGACACGACCUGCGCCCCGCCGUCACUCUGCCCAGCCUCAGCUUCCUGGAUGUCUAUCAGGACCAAAGCAGCAAAUUCACACCUGUAUGGGUGAUGAGAAGAGAGAUGCUCUUAUUUUGACACAGAAACACCAAAGGUGGACUGCUUUUUAAAAUGACAGUUGGACAGAAUUUACAAGACGAGGGGUAGGGCUCUAUUUCUUUUUAUUUACCUAUAUUACAUAUGCACUGAUUUUUUUAAAUGAAGGAUAAAUUGACAUCUGGGAUGCCAGGAAACUCUGAAGUUAUUUGUUUGCUUGUUUUGUGUUGGUUUUUAGGAAUUUGAAAAACUAAUCAAGGUAGAAAUUUUUGGCACUGCUUUGAAAUAAUGAUUGAGGUCUUCCAGCACUUUACAUGGUCUCCUUUCUCAUCCUGUGGAAGUGUUCUCCCUCUUAUUUCCAUGUCUUCUGCCAUUGGUACACAUCUGAUUUAGUCAUGUUUUUUCUGACUAUAUCACAUUUUUAUUUCAAGUGGUACUACAUAUUAGUUUCUAUGCAGAAUAUUCUGUGAUUUGGGAAAUGUGAGUCUGCUUGAAAAUGGACCAGCUUUGUUCAUUUGUGUCAGCCUCCUAGAAGCAUGGUGAUGAACACAGUUCACAUUAACAGGUACAUAGACCAAAUGGACUUUGACAUUUAUUCUGUGCAGUCAUUAUAAGUAGCUGCCGCCUGUACUGCUAAGGUGAUUUUAAUGGUUGUCUAAAGGCAAAGGGCUGUUUUAGUAUCCUGCCACUAAAGGACAUUUAUUUAUAUCAAACUUUUAUUUUUUAGAUAUUAUAAGCAUACAGUACAUAAUUGAUGAAAGUGAUAUUUACUAGAGAUUUAUGGUAGAGAAUGGACGGCAUUCAAUAACUGGAGCCCUAAGAUUGUCACUUUAUUUUAAAAGCCAAAUAAUUACCUGAGAAGGCAGAAAUGCUGCCAUUAUGAAAAGAAAGGUACAGUCCCUAGGAUGCAGCCGCUGGCUGUGCCGCGUGUGGUCACAGGACCUUCGCAGGUGUGCACCUGUCUGCUUGAAGUCAAUCUGUAUUUGUUAAUAGGAGGAAAAGGCCUUAAGUCUCCACGCUGACCUUUUACAUGAUAUCUGAGUUCUAAAGGGAAAAAUAACAUGUUUUCUAAGUGGCUACAUUUAAUGUUACAAUCUAAUACUGUGAAAGUCCAAGAAAUCAGGCAACAUUAUCUCCUAGGUCUUUUCAGACAUCUUGUUAUAGAUUUAAGAAUAAAGAAAUCACUAAAGUGCCUUUCUUCAAACACUGUUAAUCCCAAACACAUUAACUUUUGGAAUACUAGUCCUGGGAAGUAGCAUAGGUUACCUUUAGUGAUUUAUUUACAUUCAGCAUUUCCAGACUUUAUGUAUGGAAUUAAACCAUCUCACAUGCCCACAGCAAUGGGGGGCUUUAUACAAAUGUGUUUUCAGAAAUUCUUGCUGAGUACUUCUUCAAAGCCCAAGUCAAAUCACUAAAGUAAGAGAAUGGAAGUGACAUCGUGCACAUGGGAAGAUUUCCACAGCAUUAAUGUAUAGCUGGCCCUAAACUAACCCUUAACCACUGCAGGAUGGAGAGAAAAGAACCCCCUCUCCUGUUUUCCAGUACAGGGCAGCCAGCCUAUGUGCACAGGGUCAGGCUCCAAGCCUAACCGGAUUAAAUGACUCCAUUCUGCCAAGAUCCAUCAUAGCAGGAUUCCAGAUUUAUUUCCUGAUUGUUCUAUAGCUGAGUUUUUUUUUAAAGUCAUUGUUAGCUCAUUCCCAUCUCUGCCAUGUAUUUGGAAGAGGAAGAAAAUGGGAUGACUAUUCAGUAUUAAGUUGGUAUAUAUUUUAUGAACAUUGAUUUCUGUUACACCAAAGGGAAACUACCCACUUAAACUAGAUUAAAUAGGGUGACUAAAACAAAUUUUAAAACACUGGAAAAUGUUUUUUCAUUUUCUCUUGAUGCAAUGAAGGGAAUCUGAUACUCCAGUAUACAGAGAUAUUGGUGUUAUAUCAUGCACAAAAUAUUUGGAUUAUUUGAAUAAAUGUUAGUUUAAUCGAUCUACGACUUCAUAGUGACUGGUUAUCUGUAAAUGUAGUACAAAUACUGAUUGUAUUUUUGUGUGAUGUUUUUGUCCUGUUAGACACUUUUUUUUAAAAGAUGGAAUUAACAUUGAAAGUGGGAAUUUUCUAAACUAAUCAUUACAUAGGAAUAAAUUUAUAUAGCCCCUU